UGCAUGUAUUUAUUUAUAAUUCUGUGAAUUCACUUCAGCAAAUACAAUAUUCCGAAGGUAUUUGGACCAACGCGGAAAUGCGGCUGCGCUAGAUUCCUUGUCGAAGACUCGCGUUGCCAUGGUUACCGCGACGCUAAACCCGCCGUGGGGGCAGACAUGUUCCCGUCCCUCUUAUGAGAGCGGCGUAAUAUCGACGCAGGAGCAUUUCCGGGGUUUCAGUGGUAUAUCAUAUCGUUGCUUUAUUGGCAAAGAACAAAGGGAAGCCAUGACCGAGACGGGAGAAAAGGAGGAGGAGGCUCGCAGCGACGCCCCUGUGAGUGUCGCUACGUCGCAUGCCGAGGGAGAUGAGACCGUGACGGUGGAAGAGCUCGAGGAACAGCUCAAGGCGUCGCAGAAGGAGACAGCGAAGGCCCGGGAGGAGAUAUCGACUCUCCAACAACAGCUGGCCACUUCCGUCCCGCGUGCUGAGGCUCUGCUUGCACGCAGGGACUUGGAGCGACGUAUCGACACCCUCGUCAGGGACAACCAGGCUCUGACGGACAGCGUGGAGCACGAGCAGCGGGAGAGGGAGUGGCUGGAGGGGGAGCUGAGGGCGCAGUACGAGGCCGCCGAGAGUUCCGAGCAGGAGAUGAUGAACCUGCAGACCUUCGUCAGGAACCUGCACUCGCUGGUGGAGGAAAAGACCAGAGUCAUCGAAGUGCAGAAGGAUGAACGAGAGUCGAUAACGAAGCAGCUGGAGGAGGGGAAGGAGGAGGUCCUACGGCUGCGCAAGGAGGCGGAAGGACGCAUGAGGACUCUGUCGCGGUUGGAGUCUUUGUAUAAGGAUUCCUCCAGUCUGGCGAAGACACGAGAGGAGGAGGUGACUCGCCUGCAGAAGGAGACGUCGAUGGCCAAACGUCAGUACGAUCAGCUCGAGAAGACCGUCCGGCGUCAGGACCAGAAUCGGGCUGACGUGGAGGGUCAAGUUCAGAAUCUUCGUGGUCAGCUGAAGGUAGCGGAGAAGCAGGCGCUGACGGAGGGGCGGCAGGUGCAGAAGAUAACCAGGAAGGUGGAGAAGAUCAAGAGGGAGCGAGACGUCCUCCACCGCACCUAUGUUAAGACUCUAGGAACCGUCCAGAAACACGCCGGCUUGGUCCACAUCCGGGAACUGGAGAGACAAAACGCCGAGAGGGAACUGGCGCGCAUCCGGAGGGACCUCGGGAAGCAAGACGCCCUCAUCACCGCCCUGCAGCACGCGAGGGACAGGCAGGUGGAGGAGACCGCCGUGUGGAGUCUCGCGUGGUGGACUUGGCGGCCGAGGUGGAGGCCCGAGGGCGCGAGGUGCAGAGGAGCCUCCACACGCAGGCGAUCACCCGGGCGCACCUGCAGCAGGCCACCACGCUCUCCGAGGCCCUCAAGACGGACAACUUCAUCCUCGGCAGGCAGCUCCGGAAUGUGCAGACGGAGAAAGAGGAAAUCGUCGAGGAAUCCGCAAGGCUGGCUACCAGGUCAAGAAGCUCCAGCAGAACCUCAACACUCGCGACAUCGACAUCCAGAAGCUCUCCUCAGAGAUCGGUAAGCUAGAGCGAGACAAAGACCAGCUGAGAACGGCGGAGAAGAAAGCGAAGGAUGUGGCCGACGAACGCCAUAGGACUAUCCAAUACGCUGAAGGAGAGAAGCUCGGCCUUACCAGAAUCCUACACGAC